AAUUCGUUGACGUUUCGCAAGGGCGCCAAAGCCAUUGUUUUGAUUUCAUUUAAUAAACGAAAAAAAUAUUUAUACGAUUAAAGUAACUAACUUUAUAGCGAAAAAUAUGAUAUACAGUCAAGACUACGCCCGCUCUAUAGACGAUGUGCGCACGAUCGUUCGGCACGCCAAGCUCGACCACAAAAAUCUUACAAACGUUGCCCAGGCAAUUUACUAUCCCACGGAGAGCGAGCACCAUGAUUUGGGCAACAUCAAGUUGCUCGAGGUGGAUGAGCAUAUUCUGGGCGAGCUUAAAACCGGCAGCGAAAUGUGUUUCAAGGGUGCGUUGAACGAGAAGGUUGUUUUCUGCACCGAAUCACGCACCUACGAAGUGAAGGAGGCCGAAAUUUCAAACAGUUUGCUCUUGGUAAAGAAUCUGAAGCUUGCACAGGCCACCAGCCGAUCGCCAAUCAAAAGCCCCAAGAGCGGCGUCAACACGUCGAUGGACAGCAGCAUAGAGGAAGAGGAUUCCGAAACGAUCGACUCGGUGGACGAGGUGGAGCGGAAGGAUGUGGUAAAAAUAUUUCACGAUUAUUUCGAAUUGCGCCAGGUGAAGCCGAAGUACCGUAAAAUUAUCGAUCUGCUCCGUUUGACCCGGUACGCUGGGCCAGAGAAUGAGCAUCUCAUCGAACGUUCGUUGCUGUUCCGGUUUAAACAGUUGCUCGACACGGUACAGUGCAGCAAGGACGAGUUCCAUGAAGGGCUAAAAAAAUAUCGUGCCAUCGAGAUAGAAGAUCGUGUGCGAAUGUUGGACCUAGAAUACGAAUACCGCGUACUCACCUUGCUCCUAUCCGUGGUAUCGGAAAACUCUUGGGAACCGGACGCAAUCGACAAGGAAGUGACGCUGGAAGCGAUGCAGGGCAUCAUUCCGUACGAGGUUGUGGACGGCAUAUUCAACGUGUACACCUGCCGCAGUGAACGCAUGCCGGACCGGUUCCAGUAUCGCGAGGAUCUCGUGUGCGCAUUGUUCGCCGAAAAGAUCCUUCAGCACGGGCUCAAGUUUCAUAUUGAUGAAUUUCUCGUCACCUGGCAGGAGGCACUGCCCGAGGGUUUCGAAGCAAACGAGCAGUAUCUGCGCGGCAUCGGCAUUAUCGAUCGGGAGGGCAGUGUGCCGUGCGUGCGCGGACUAAACGAAGCGGAUCUGCCCAUGAAUCUGCUGGGUCGGCUCGAUAUGCUGUUCCGAACGAAGGAACGUUGGAACCUGGAACAGAUCGAACCGUACAUUGAGUGCUUUGCGACACCCACCGUGGGUGUUACCUCCAUUCUUGCCAAGUACACACGUUCGCUGGUCGUGAAUGGCGUUCGGAUGUACGUGUCGAAGCAUUAGGAGUUUUGCAAGCAAGAAAAGCAUUUCGGUUUUAAAAUAUGAAAAUUUGUAAUAUGUACCUUACCGAAAGAAAAAAAUUCCUUUACGCACACACC